CAAAAGACUCUACAGUGUCUGCGGGGCGUCCGUUCAAGAUGGAUAAAUAUUGUUUUUGACUUGGAAGACUCCUUUAGGAAAGAUGAUCGAGGACUGUGAGACUUAUCUAGUGCGAGUGGUGACCACUGGACAACAUUUUGUAUGGUGAUUUGCUUCGUGCCCAACCUGACCUACAGGCUGCAAGACUUUUACCUCGGGUGCAUCUUGUCUCAAAGGAUUUGACAAAGGUCCAGUUGGGUAAUAGUCGGAAUCAAUAGCAAGCUUUCCAGGCAAGCCCUCCUCCCGCAGUUUUCUCCUUAGGCGAACCUUCGAAAUCCCCUCUUGUCCAUUUUUACCUCCAUCUGUUUGCCUGCACAUGCAUCAACUUGACAGCAUCUUCCUCCUCUCCUGCCUCUCGUUUUAAUCACUCUCCCGCGGUUACGUCACAUUCAUCUUUGCUGCACAGUUUAUUAAACCUGGCAGCUCCUCACCUCCCGACCCGCCUCCCCAGUGGAAGCAUCUGUUCUCCCGUCCCUCUUUCCCCCCGUAGCCGCCACACUGCGCGCCGCCUCGCUCUCCCGCGCUGCCCCGGUGCCUUCAGCCCCCCGCCACCACCUCGGCCAUGGCGGAGCGGAUGUCGCGUCGCUCUCGCUCCCUGCUCUCCCUGACCUUGACCUCUCUGGCCCUGGCGCUCUCUAUUUUGGCCCUGUGCACCUCCUACUGGUGCGAGGGCACCCACAAGGUGGUCAAACCCCUCUGCCUGUCGCCUGUCAAGAUGAAGAACUGCGGGCAGAACAACAGCGAGCCUUACACCACAGAGAGCCCGACCCAAAACCCUUUCAACCGCACGCUGACUCCGGCCAGACGCGAGGAGCUGGCCAAGAUCCGACAGAGGCAGUUGGCCAACGCCGUCCACUACAUCUGGGAGACGGGCGAGGACAAGUUCGCUUUCAGAUAUUUCCACACCGGCUUUUGGGAAAGCUGCGAGAAACACAGUGAUGGGGAGAAAUGCAGGAGUUUUAUAGAGUUGACUCCAGGGGAGACGCAAGGUGUGCUUUGGCUGUCGGUCAUCUCAGAGUUCACGUACAUCGGUCUGCUCGGGAUGGGCUUCUUGCUCAUGUGGCUGGAAGUAUUAUGCUCUCACAAAGAAAUGCACUCGCUAAAAAUCAGUGCCUACGCUGCCAUGUGCACUGUGCUGUCAGGCCUUCUGGGGAUGGUGGCCCACAUGAUGUAUACCACCGUGUUCCAGAUGACGGUCAUUGUGGGCCCCAAAGACUGGAGACCUCAAACCUGGGAUUAUGGCUGGUCUUUUGCUCUCGCCUGGGUGUCCUUCAGCUGCUGCAUGGGCGCUGCCGUGGUGACGCUCAACUCCUACACAAAGACCAUCAUCGAGCUCCGCCGCAAACAGAGAUUGCGUCUGGAAGAGGCGAGGGCCACCGCCCGGGCCCCUUGCUACGAGGAUGUGGUCCAACCCAGCGGUGGCGCAGGAGCCGGGGGCUUCUACUCCGUCAGCGGACUGCUGCAGUGCCCCGACGGCAUGAUUGAUGUAGCGUGGGCCCCAAACGGCAGCGUGGUCGGAGUGGGCAACGGGGACGUGCCCACGCUGGUUUUAGUGGGAGGGUGUGGACCGGAGGGCUGUGAAGACUGCGAGAGGGAGAUGGAGGGCCCUGUGGAUAGAGUGGACUCCCCGUGCUGAAAGACUCCACAUUUCAAGGAGCUUAAAAACUGAAGACACUCACGGAAAAGGUGAAAAAAAAUGUUGAACUCAAUACAUAUCAAAUCUCACUAUUCUUAAUACAAGCUUUUUUCUCUGGGGAUUUUCUCAGUGCCUCACGGUAGGAAGGCAAUGUGCGUGUGUUAACACAACGGACACUUUAUUAGGUGCGCUAAUACACUCUUUGUACAUCCAAGGAAAAGAUGAGAGAACAAUGUCCCAUGGUCACAUCAACAAUGACAAUAAUGGUCGACUAUCAGCACCGCCGUCCCUGGCAGAUCUGCGUCUUAAUUCUGCUCCUGAACAAGAGGUAUUUUUUCUUUCACAGUAUUACACUGAUUGUACAUGGAUAAUAUUGUAACGUCAAGACCAUCAAAGGAUAAUUUCAAUAAAUGGAAUAUCAAAACAUACUUUGUUACAGUUAGUUGUAUUCAGAAAGUAGUACCAGUAGGGUUGUGUAAUAAAACAGUGGAUUUAUUUUCACAUACCGUAUUUAUGGUAACCCUAGGGUAGGGCUCCAGACUGGUUGCAUUUUUCGACUAAAAUUAGAGCCAGUACGAGUCAUUUCUUUUCCAUUCACUCGCACAUGCGCGACCAGUAACAUUGCCUUUUUUUGUUUGUUUGUUUGUUUUUGUUGCUGAAAAACUCCUUUACGGUUAAAUCCACUAGUUGGCGGUCAUGUAACGAGCUGGUUUUCCAAAGCAAAAUACAACAGCGGCGGGGUCGGCCCCUCCUGACUUGAUGCUGAGCGACCUGGAGUAUAUAAAAACUGCAUAGGGGAAAAUUAAACUACGAAAGGGAACCGCGUGGUACCCCACAGUGGCGCCGCCAGGGGUGGCCAUGGCCACCCCUUUAAAUUGGUUGGCCAACCCACUGGCCACCCCGCUUGCCAGUAUAUCGUUAGAUUGUUGUAGCAUCAGUUAUGCAUUUCAUCCCAAAUGAAUGCAUUUAUUUUGUUAUGUUAAAUGUAGGGCUGUCAAAUUUAUCGCGUUAACGGGCAGUAAUUAAAUUUUUAAUAAUUAAUCACGUGAAAAUGUUUAUCGCAAUUAACGUAUUUGUGAUACGACUCAUUCACGCAUUGCCGCAAACAGCCUACAAUGGCGCCGUUUUACUUAUAUACAGAGAUAAGAGGCAGAGUGGAGUAGAUACAAGCAUUCAUUCG